AUGGCUACGAUUCUCACUUUGAGUGCGAAUUAUCGCCGGUUCGAAUCCCGGUUCGGCCCGAAUUUUGGGUGGUUUCAGUCGUGCUAUGUUACAGCAGUGAGCUGCGCUUCUUCAAAUGAGAGGCCUUAUUGGUGUUUGAGGAAAGCCAAGAGUCGGAAUACUGAUGGUGGACAGAUAGUCUAUGGCUACGAUUCUCACUUUGAGUGCGAAUUAUCGCCGGUUCGAAUCCCGGUUCGGCCGGAAAUUUGGGUGGUUUCAGUCGUGCUAAAUUACAGCAGUGAGUUGCGCUUCUUUAAAGGAGAGGCUUUAUUGGUGUUUGAGGAAAGCCAAGAGUCGGAAUACUCAUGGCGGCUGGAUGGUCUAUGGGUAUGGUUCUCGCUUCGGGUGCGAGAGGUCGCGGGUUCGAAUCCCGGUUCGGCCCGAAUUUUGGAUGGUUUCAGUCGUGCUAUGUUGCAGCAGUGA